UACAAUACAUUUGGGAGAACUGCUGCAAGUGCAACAAGAAGGGAGAGCAUAUUGUAUAUCUAAUGAAAUGAGUGAAGAAAAAGUUCAUGAAGUAUUGGACGGCGCUGGCUUGCGCAUUGAACAAUAAAGAAAUAUCAAUGGUAUGUGUUGACAAUUAUUAUUUGUUUUUUACUUUUCAGGUGGUUUCCAAAUUUAACAGUGGCAAACAUCCGAUGCUUCUUGGAAAGAGAUUUUCUAUUAUAUUGACUACUUCACCAUUUUUUCCCUUGAAGAACUAACUAGUGCAGCCGUGGGACCUUCGUAUGAACCAUCUAUGAAAGACUAUGCCACAAGGCAUAGCAGAGGUGAGCCCUUCAGUCCAGUGGGCCUUGCAGUAGGUGGUGCCAGUCAGAUACAGCAGGAUAGAUUGGGUACCAAUCGGCCCCAUCAAUUACAGCAACCUCCUCCAAGCACUGCAUGGCCACAGUUCUCCCAGUUUCCCCCAUUGAGCCACAAUCAGCCAUAUGGUCUGCAGCAGCAGCAGCAGCAGAGCAUCAACCAACCCUCUCAAUUGCAGGCUGUUGCAGAUGGUGGAUCUGCAGAACAUAUUGCAAUCACAGGACACUCGCACUCACUGCCACAAGCAGAUUAUACAAGGUGCAGUGGGCAGGUGCCUUGGUGUCCAGUGGAUCCCAUGGUUGUCGGCCCUAGCCAAUCACAUCCCCAACAGUCCUCAUUGAGCCAUGGCCAAUCUAUUGAACAACAGCAACUGCAGCCACAGGCAAGCCCUUGCCAGCCUCAGUCAUCCCUACUACAAGAUAAUGUUGAUAUUGAACAUUCACACUUGUCACUUACAGAUUCUGCCUUGAGGGGUAUUAGAUGUGCACUGAGGUACUCCACUGGCCCAACAACCAACAAAUCUUACCUAGAAAAUCAGGAUCAGUUGGGCCCCAUUGAACUCCAGUCUGAGCAGACCCUGCAGAGCCAGGAACAGCCACAUCAAAUGCCACAGCUCCCUGAAAAGAAGAAGAGGGGAAGAGGUCCCACUCGCUGCCUCUUCUUGAAUGACCUGGCAGAUGGUGAGCGGAUAUUUGUCCAUGUCAACAAGCUCCGACAGCCUGUUGGUCCUGAGUCAGCCAAGCUAAGCAGCUUCCUGGACACUAUAGCAUGGAAUGGACACAGGGCACCCCUUAAUUUUGUCACUGGAGGGCAAUGCCAGAUUCUUACAAAGAGGGAAUGUGGGAAUAUGUUCAGACAAAGUUGACCUUGAUCCAAGUUGCAAGUCUUGGGUCAUGCGGUCUCCUGCUACAAAAUGGAGGGACUGGAAGGCAGAGUUAAAGGCAUCAUAUUAUGAUGCUCUGAAUACCGAUGAAGAGCGCUUGAAGGUACGUGAUCCACGGGUGGUUCCUGAGCAAUGGCUAAGCCUUAUCUCAUAUUGGAACUCUGAUGACACAAAGGUAUGUGAGGAGCAGCAAUUGCAAAUUCCAAUUCCUCUAUUCUGGUGCAAAUUUUAUUGGUAGUUCAAAAUUCUCCUCUCUAGCAUUAGAAAUGUGGAAACAUGUUCUCUACAUAUGCCAUUUGUAGAAGCGUUGUGCUACAAAUAAGGCUAACCGUGCAAAACAGUAGGGCGGACAUGCAUCAGGCACCAAGAGUUAUGCAAGGAUACGUGAGGUGGAGGUAAUUUCUCAUGUUUUGCUUUUUUCGUUUUGCAAUCCAUAUUGAAAGCAGUUGUUGCUGUUGCUGUGGAAAUAGCGAAACAAGAGGCCAGAUGGGAAGGAGCCUACUAGAGCUGAGCUUCAUUAUUAACACUGACACGCAAGAAUGGGCAGCCUAUUGAUGAGACAGCGACAGCAUUUAUUUCAAAACUCCGCAAACAAGCAGCUGAGAAACAGAAUAACUCACAAGGUAGUGAUGAGUCAAAUGACACCUUCUGUCAAGUUAUGGGAGAAGAAAAACGCAACCAUGUGCAAACUUAUGGAUUGGGUGCCACUCAUACUGCUGUUUUUGGCCCAAGACAUAGUUGUGAUGACCUUGUGAGGAUGGCUUCUGAUGCCAAAAAGUGAGCAACUGAAGAGGUGAGCAAGAUGGUGGUGAAAAUGGAGGGCCAUGGAGGAAAAAUAUGCACUUUUGGAAACUACAUAGCUAGAAUGAAUUCAAACAUGGAGAAGUUUCUUGAGAAGAUUGGUGGAUCUUCAAAAAUUUUGGGUUCUGAACAGGUAACCUUUUGGGUUCAUACACUCAUACUGUUAUGCUGAUUUCUAACUGUUUCUGAUACUCUCAAAUCUCCCAAGCACUCAAAGCAGCUACAAUGAUCAUCAUCAUCAAGUCAUGCAGAUUCAAUGAGUUGAUUUUUUUUUUAUUUUAUUUGAAGGUUUCUUUGUUUCUUUUUCUCCUUAUUUGCCUUGUAAAUAUUUAGUAGUGACCUUUUAUUGGGCAUGUUAACUAAUUAGCUUAAAAUUGUAAAUGUUGCAAGUGCUGAUAAACAUUCUGUUUUGGUCAAGUUGGUCUUGAAAAUGAGGGGCUCUGAGCAUGUAGGGUUCUAAGCAUAUAGGCAAGUAUUUGGUGGGCAAAACUAUUAUGAAAAGUAUUAUAGAAGAUUGAUAGAAAAUUAAAUUUCCAAAAACCUAAGGACAAUAUCUUGACUGUUGAAAACAUAAAUGGUUGCAGAAUUGCAUUUGCUAUGGAGUUGAAAUAAUUGGAUAUUUUAGGAAGUAGGAUUUCAUGCAUUUGUCGUUUGGUUUUAAAAGUGUUUAAUAUAAUUAGCACAUAUAAUGUGGAAAUUGUAGCGUAUGACAUUGGAAAACUGUCUUUCUGCAAGAGGUGCUUUGGACUUUGGAGGUGUGAGAUUAUGGUCUAUAGUCUAUACACACUUCUAUAAAAGUAUGUGAUUUAAUGGAGGAUACCCAUGUGAAAAGGGGGAAUGAAGGCCAAAGAAUAUUGGUGGAAACCAUGAAAGGAGAACCUGCUUGGUUUUUUUUUUUGAUCUUCUUAGUAUAAGGUCCUAAUACUGCAUGAGAUUGUAAUGUGAUCUUAGUAACCAAACCUGCCUUGUUGGAAUUCGGAAAAGGCUUCGACUUCAUCACUGGUUGUGGAAUGGUUUUCUUGAAAACUUACUUAUUGUGGGAUUUUUAGAUUUUAUUUUAAGUGAAUUAGUUGUUUGCAAAUUACAAAACUUGCAAAGAUCUUCAUGGGCAUGUAUGAUAUUGCCUUCCAUGGAUGCUACAGCCUAUUACUAAUCUGUAGAGGCUCUCUUGUAUCAACUUGUCAAUGGCAUAAGGAAAACGUCUUUUUCGUUGUUUCAUAUUGGCCCUUUGAAAUCUUUGUACAUUUUGUCAUUCCAGCUAUGCAUCAGGGUUAUGUUAUAUAAUUCCAGUUCUGCCAAUAAAUUGUGUAUAAACAUUGUCCUGACUUUUUUCAGGCUGCAGAUGCAGAGGAUGAUGCUUAAUGGACUUCACCAACAUUUUGUUGGACUUGGCUUUAUGCUGAUUAUAAUUGGACGGUGUUUUUAUGGUGAACUUUUGAAAAAUGAAUCAUUGAAUGCAGUUAAUUAAUUCUGAUUGAAUUGAAAUGAUUGCAAUUGUUUAAGUGAUAUUUGGUUGGGGAUUUUCACGGAGUCAAUCUGAUUAGAAGUUAUGAACCGUAUAAUUUUUAUAUUCUUCCACCAUAAAUUGUCUCUCACAGAUUCAUUUAGACAUUUUUUGUGUUGGCCAUAGCCACAAGGGGUGACGUAGAACAGUCACAAUCAAAGUGCCGUAAGUUCAACAAUCAGAAACAGGGAGGAAGGCUCCUUGAGGAUUAAUUAAAGAAGAAGAAGCAGUCAGAAACAAGAAGGAAGGUUCCUAGAGGGUUCCUUGAAGAAGACAAGGCAGUGAAGUCAAUGGAGUAGUUGAAGUAGCAACUCGAUAGCUUCUUUAUAUAUGGGAGGAAUUCCUUCUCUUAGGCACAAACCACAGUUUUCUGGUCUUUCUCUAGCCCCGCGACUCGUUUUACUUCCAUCGAUGGCGAUAUUCUUAAAGAAUCUUAAGAAGACGGAUUUGGAGAAACGAUUGACGAUCCCAAGCAAAUCCCUCCAUUGUUUCCCUCCUCUAAGUGACAAGCAUACGGUGGAUUUUGCGGUUAAAGACGAGGAGAGUGGCCAUGUCUGG